UGUAAAUUACAUGGUUCCCCCUUUGUUGUCUGUGGUUGUGAAUGGGUCUGUCUUUAUUGACAGAUUUAUCAAAAUUUUAUCCAUUUUAUACAAUUUUGGGUCUCCGUUUGAGUGCCUGGAAAAUAUGACUAUUUUGCCCACCAUACGAAAAACUAAUGCAAGCACCGAGGAAAGUAAGGAUGGUAAUCAACAAAGUGUCUCAGCUGACAGGUCAAAUAGGAGAAACGAAAUAAAUUCACUGCAGAUAUCAUCUCUCGCGGAUAACAAUUCAAGUGCAAGGCGGUCACCGUUUCCAUUUAAAACUGAUAGGAAAGAUAGGCUUAGAAAACGAUUUAAAGAACCUGACAGAGCUCGAGAUAGGGAAAGGGAACGUGAACAAAAACGUGAUGCCCGUCGUGAACAGAAAAGAGAUAGAUUGGCUCUAACAAAACGAGAAAUUGGAAAUGAACCUUUGAUCGUUGAUGGGUCUGACAUUGAUGUUAAAACAGUCCCUGAAACAUCUUGUAAUAACAGUAAAGUUGAAACUAAAGAAGAGAGCACUGGUUUCAAUAGUGAAGAUGAAUAUGAUGAAAGUAGUAUUAAGGACAGGCUUCUAACAGAAGAAGAAUGGCAAAAGAGGGAUGAAUUUUUCUCAAGAUGUAUGUCUAGUUUAGGAUAUGAGAUUAAACAAAUAAAUGAAGAUGGAGCUUGUUUGUUUCGGUCCAUUGCUGAUCAAGUCUAUGGAGAUCAAGAAUUCCAUUACCAAGUUAGGCAAGAUUGUAUGAAUUAUAUUGUACAAAAUCGAGACUACUUUGAACCAUAUGUGACCGAAGAUUUUGACAAAUAUGUAGCACGAAAACGUACAUGGCAUGUUCACGGUAAUCAUCUAGAAAUCCAAGCAAUGAGUGAGCUAUAUAAUAGAACCAUUGAAGUUUAUUGCUAUCAAAUAGAACCUAUAAAUAUUUUUAACUGUUCAACCAGAAUUGUCAACACUUAUGAACCCAUCAGACUUUCUUAUCACAGAAUGUGUCAUUAUAAUUCAAUUAGCAACCCAAAUAAACCAUCGGUUGGGGUGGGGUUAGGAUUGCCUAACUAUCAUCCAAUCGAUAUUGAUCAUAGGAGAUUGCAUGAUGCAGUCCGUGCCAGUGAACAGUUACUAAUUGAACAGACAAUGCUUGAAGAUAAACUUAAAGCUACGGAUUGGGAGGCUACAAAUGAGGCUAUAGAAGAACAAGUGGCCAGAGAAUCUUACAUUCAGUAUUUUCGGGAUACCGAAAAACGUUUAAAAGCGCAAGGUCAUCCGCUGGCGAGUGGUAGCAGUUCUACAAUUACUUCUUCAAUGGCUUCAAGCCCGCGCAGUUCCAGACGCGGCUCUGUGUCGCCUAAAGGUUGUCAGUCCCCAAAAAGUUGUUCUUCACCAAAAAAUAACUACUCUUCUUUGCCAGCAAGUCCAAGAGCAACAGCAUUUCUGGCAAACACCGUCUCGGAUAAUAAUAUUGAAAAUGUGCCUCCAGCUUAUGUUCCUACUAAAGAAGAAGAAGCUUUUGCAAAAAGGGUUUACAACUCUCCAAGACGCAUCACCGACCAGUCAGAAAUGGGGUUUAACAUAGAAAAUUUUACAGGCGAAUUUACUCAACAAGCCGGGCCUUCCUCGGUUGCAAAUAAUAUCGGUGGAUUGGAAGACUUUGAUCAGGGAAUCAUGGCACAAGUUUUGGCAGAGUCUCAGCAAACUUAUCUAGAUGAGCUGAAAAGUAAAUCGAGAAAGAGAAAUGUAUCGCCAGGACCAUCAACCUCCACAUAGUGACUUACUUUUUGAAAAAAAAAAGUAUUUUUUAUUGGACUUAAACCCAAUGUAAAAUUUGUCGUGAAUAUCAAUUUUUCAUUUCUUGGGGGGGGGGGGGGGGAGUUUACAGCAUAUUAUAUAUGUUAACAAAAGUACUUCUGAAUAACUGGUUUAUUUGAUACCUACCAAAAAUAUAUGAAUCGUUUUUCUGGUGUCGAAUAUAUUUAUAAUUCUUAUACUAAUUUUUGAAAAGGAUUUAGUUUUAUAUAUUUUUGUGAUAUAUUUAAAAUCAGUUAAGUGAUUUUUGUAAAUGUAGAUAGGUAAAAUGUAUAACUAACUAGAGUAUAUUUUAUACUUAUUUCUUUUCAAAUUUAGGGUAUCAGUGUUUUUGUUAUCUUGCAUAUAUUAAAAGAAUAUAGAUAUUUCAUAUCAGAUAGU